AUGGAUCUAAAUAUUGAAAUCGCGACAAAUCGCGACCCGACUCUGUGCGACGUUUGUCACGUAGGGGUAAUUUUCAUCUCAAAAAAUUGAGUUUUUGGUAUGAAUUUCAGAAAAAACAGAGAAAAUCGACGCUUUUCGGAAAAUUGGCCCUUUUCGGCCUCUGGUGGUGCGGCAUCGGGAUUUGUAUCUACAGGUUCGUUUAAUUAUAUAAUUAAUCGAACUUAAUCGUCUUUAAGUUUUAUAAAUUGACCGAUUUAUCAUCCCCAGGUCUGAUUUGAAUAAUUUAUACUCAACAAGUUCGAUUAUAUAAUUCGAUUUCAAAAACUUUCAAAAAGAUUUUUUUGAACGACGAAUAGGUUCGAAUAAACAGAACUUCUCUGAGGCCUAAAAUUAAUAUUAAAAACGGCUUUUCGCUUCGAGACUUUUUUAAAAUUUGACUAUGCGCCUUUAAACGAAAGUUUUACAAAAGCGCAGCUAUCUCACAGUUCUAAAAUAAUACAAAAAAAGGCUUCUCGCUUCGACCUCCCAAAAAAUCAAAAAUGCGCCUUUAAACCGAAGUUUUUAACGGCGCAGGACUUUGACAAGAGUAAGAGUUACAUUUGAAAAUGAUUUUUCGCUUCGAUACCUCCUUGAAACUUGACUGUGCGCCUUUAAACGUACAACUUUAAAGGCGCAGAGCUCUUACAAGGCCAAAAAUAACCCUUCAAAAUGGCUUUUCGCUUCGAUACCUUCUAUAAAAUUCUACUAUGCGCCUUUAAACGGAUCUUCGAAAAAGUAGUUCUUCAGCAUGACCCAGCGAGAUCAUUGCGAAUUUUGCUUUUCGGCCAAUUUCCAGUACCGCGCUUUGGAACGGAGAAUGACUCAGGUACGACCAAAAUGGAAAUUUUCUGACUUUUAAAAAUAUGAUUUUUCAACUUUCUUGGUAUAUUUUUCUAUUGAAAAUUGUAUUUUAGAAGAUUUAUUACCUUAUAAAAAUGGCAAAACUGACUUUGCGCCGGGCAGGAUCCGAACCUGAGACCCUUGAAUCAUGUUCCAAGAGCUUAGCCAAUACACCGCCACAUUCUUCGUGAAAAAAGGACGAAAAAAGAUCUCCCUCGCAUUUUAUCACUGAAAAACUACGAUUUCUCAGAGCAAAAAUCAAAAUAAGCUUGGCAGGAGUCGAUCCAUCGACCCUUUGAGCCCCAUUUCGAGCUCUUAGCCACUAUACCAAAAGACCUUCAGCUGUUCAUGGACGAUAUCUCGACCUACGACCCGCCGCCAGUAGACUUGACCAAGGCCAAGCGUCGAAGGGACAAAAUUUCGACAAAAUGA